AGUGCGCAUUACACUUUUAACCCUUUCCUUUCCGAUAUACAGAGACGGGUUCUGUGAUUGGCAGGGAAGAUGGCGUCUGGAGUCCUUCAACGUUGUUUUAGCGGCCUUGGUUCGGCAAAAUACACGACCAGGAUGAAAGGGAAGGUCACUCUUAUCAGAGGAUUGUCGGCAUCCAGUAACAGAAACCGAGAGGAGAGCUGGUUUAAAUCUUUGUUCGUACGCAAAGUGGACCCAAGAAAAGACGCCCACUCGCACCUCCUGGCUAAGAAAGAAGAAAGCAACCUUUAUAAAAUUCAAUUUCACAACGUGAAGCCUGAAUGUCUGGAUGCUUAUAACAAACUUUGUGAGGAUGUGUUGCCUUCGAUCCAUGCGGAUAAAUACUACCCCUGUGAGCUGGUGGGAACAUGGAACACCUGGUAUGGAGAGCAAGACCAAGCCGUCCACCUGUGGAGGUACCGAGGAGGCUACCCUGCCCUGACCGAAGUCAUGAACAAACUGAAAAAUAAUAAGGAAUUUUUGGAGUACAGAAACGAACGAGGGAAGAUGCUGCUCUCUCGCCGCAAUCAGCUAUUGCUGGAGUUCAGCUUCUGGAACGAGCCAGUUCCACGCGAGGGACCCAAUAUAUAUGAGCUUCGAUCAUACCAAUUACGACCAGGAACCAUGAUUGAAUGGGGGAAUUACUGGGCUCGAGCUAUUCGCUAUCGGCAGCAUAACUGUGAGGCUGUUGGAGGAUUUUUCUCUCAGAUAGGAAGUCUUUACAUGGUCCAUCACCUCUGGGCAUAUAAGGACCUGGAGGCCAGAGAGGACACUCGCAAUGCAGUGUGGCAACAUGAGGGCUGGAACGAAGUGGUUUACUACACAGUGCCCCUGAUUCAGCACAUGGAGUCCAGGGUUAUGAUUCCAAUGAAGGCAUCACCCCUGAAGUAAAACUUCCUUCACAAGCUAAAGACAUGCAUACACAAAGGAAGCCAAUGCUGUAUAUAUGUCACAGCCUUAUAUUUUUAAACCCGUUUGAUGUUCUUUCUGGUCAAGUCCAAACUCCCGCACCAGGAAAUGGAAAAUGAGAAUGCGUUAAAAGAAACCCGUCCUAUGAACUUUGUGCUCCUAGAAGGCCAAAGCCGAUUUGAUUCAUGAUGUCAACCUGAUGUACCCAACCUGAACUUUCUAAUUAGCAAUGAAUCUCUACGCACAUUAAACUUAAGCACUGAA